AUGUACCUUAACACGAGUCUCCAAUGCACGAAUCCGAUCCUUCCUUGCAUCCAGAACUGCUCAGCUGCUGCGGGUGCAUCAGGAGCUGCAGGUGGUGCAGCUAAUGGUGGUGGUGGCGGUAGCGGUGGUCCAGGUAAAGUUGGUGGUGCUGGCGCCAGUGGUGGUGAUGGCUUCCGUGGUGGUGCUGGCUCCGGUGGUGGUGGUGGUGCUGGCACUGGUGGUGGUGCUUGCUCCGGUGGUGGUGGUGGCUCUGGUGUAGCAGGAUGUGGGGGUGGUGAUGGUGGAGCUGGUGGCUGCGGUAGUGGUGCUGAUGGAUCUCGGUUUACCCUCCUCCUCCGUCACUCUCUCACAUAA